CAUAUUCCAUAUAAACAUGAUGAAAAGGUGCUUCUACGAUCUUAAUUGGCGACUCGUCUUCUCAGUUAUCCCUUCUCUAUCUCUUUUCGUUCUUUUCUCCAUAUAUUCAGCUCCCUUAAAUCCACUUCCCUCCUUGGUUUUCUUCCGUUCCUUGAUUCACAACUCCACUACUUAUUCUUAUUCUCCCAAUCUGCCGCCGGGUUGGAGUUCGAACACGACGAGUGGUGAGUCGGCGGAGGGUGGAUGGAGGGAGGAGUUGAAUCGGUCGAGAAUUGCCGUGUGUUUAGUGGGUGGAGCGAGGAGGUUCGAGCUGACUGGCCCGUCGGUGUGGAGAACAUUCCUGAAGGUGUAUCCAAAUGCAGACCUGUUUCUGCACAGUCCAAUGGACAACAACGCCUUCAAGUUUUCUCUGUUAAAGAUGGCGCCAAGACUGGCCUCCGUCAGAAUUUUUGAACCUAAACGCAUAGAAGAGACAGAGUCACAGGUCCAUGUCCUCACCGCACGUAAUUCUCCAAAUGGCAUUCAGGGCCUUCUACAAUAUUUCAAUCUAGUGGAGGGAUGUCUGACGAUGAUCCACACUUACCAGAACCAAAAAGGUUUCAGCUAUGAUUGGAUAAUCCGGACAAGGGUAGAUGGAUACUGGAGCGCACCACUUGACCCAGAAAACUUUUUACCAGGUCAGUACCUGGUUCCAUCCGGUUCCUCUUACGGCGGACUCAACGACAGACUAGGCAUCGGCGAUCUCAAAACCUCAAAAGUGGCGCUCUCCCGUCUCUCUCUCAUCCCAAAACUUGAGGCCGCCGGCUACACCGAACUCAACUCCGAAGCCGCAUUCAAAGCCCAACUCGACACCCAAGGCAUACAGUACGUAACCAAACGCCUCCCAUUCUGCAUAGUGACGGACCGCAGAUACGAGUUUCCUCCCUCCCGUUAUGGGGUACCAGUUGCUGCCUUAUCGAGUCCCGGUCCGCUGAGUGGAGCCAAGUGCAGGCCAUGUACGCCGGUGUGUCGAGGGUCGUGCGUGGAAGAUGUGAUGACGUCUCUGUACAAAGACUGGAGCUGGACAGAGUGGGGAAAUGGGUCGGUUGAGCUGUGCGAUGCUCGUGGCGAAUGGGAGAGAGGGUGGCAGAGAAUUUUCGACAGUGUUUCAGGGAAGAUGGUAGCGAGUGAGAGGAAGAGGGUUUGGCGGAUGCAGUUGAAAAAUUGUAUAGAGGAUUUUGAGGAAAUGGAAAGGCAGAGUUUCAGCUGGGAUGCUCCUCCUAUAGAGGAUAUAUGUGGGUAUGGAUUAGGAGUAAACAACGGCUAGCGGGAUUGGAAAGGGAUGAGGAGUAAGAGUACUGAUUUUUGGCAAUUAAGAGA